AUGGUAAAUGCAAAGACGGUCAGCAAGAACUUGGAUCUGUUCCCAGCAUCUGCACCCAAGCCCAUUAUCGAUUGGGUCUGCGUCUCGAACAUGGCAUCUGUGAGCAAUGGAAAUACGCCCACUUUGCUGGAUGAGGUGAACAAGCCCCCUGAAGGGGUGGUGUUGCCACCGAAGGAUAUUCGAGCCAUUGUGGAGAAAACGGCCGGCUAUGUGGCUCGCAAUGGUAUUGUUUUUGAAGAUCGUGUCCGCGAAAAGGAACGCAGCAACCCCAAAUUUUCUUUCCUCAAUCCCGAAGAUCCUUAUGCAACAUUCUAUCAAUGGCGCCUUACAGAGAUCAAGGAGGGACGGGGGACUUCUGUCUCUGCAGGCCGACCUGGAGAGGGAGCGGCGCAGCCUGAGCCUGAAGCCCCGAAGGGACCUAAGGAACCUCCAGAGUUUCACUUCUCAGCCAGGAUACCUAUAAUAAACGCGCAGGAUUUGGAAGUCGUUAAGCUCACGGCCUUGUUUGUUGCUAAAAGGGGGAAAUCUUUCAUGACCGCACUGUCUCAGCGAGAAACCAGAAAUUUCCAGUUCGACUUCCUUCGACCGCAACAUAGUCUCUAUCAGUUUUUCACGCGAUUGGUGGACCAGUACACCAUCCUCUUACGCUCAGAGGGUAUCGAUGCAGCUACGACAGAGAAAAACCGUCUUGCAGAGCUGGAACAUAACGUGAAAAACAAGUACCAUAUUCUGGAUCGAGCCAAACAGCGCGCUGAAUGGGUAAAAUUUCAGGAGCAGCAGAAACAGAAGAAGGAGGAAGAAGAAGAGCAAGAGAAAAUAGCAUAUGCACAAAUUGACUGGCAUGACUUCAUGGUUGUUGAGACUGUUCUAUUUAAUGAGUCUGACGACCAGGCUGACCUUCCUCCCCCGACCUCGCUAAAUGACCUCCAAUCUGCUUCCCUCGAGCAGAAAGCCAUGAUGUCACUGAACCCUCUUCGCAUUGAGGAAGCCAUGCCCACUGAUGAGGAGUUGCCGACAUACUAUAAUGCCUAUCCUACACAGCCAGAGCCAGUUCCGCAACCUAUGGUCCAGCCAGCCGGACCAUCCUACCCCCAGGGUCUACCCCCUCAGCCUAUCCCUGCUGCUCCUCCAAUCGCAGUCGCCGCCGGCCAGGAAGAAGAGCAACGUAUUCGUGAGCGUGCCGAGGCGCGUGAACAAGCCGCCGCUGCCCAGGCUGCCGCCAAAGCUGCUCCUGGCCAGCAACCGAUGCGCAUCCGUUCUGAUUACGUCCCCCGUGCACAGGCCCGCCGUCUCAACCAGACCGGACCAACGGCGCUCUGUCCCAACUGUAACCAGCAGAUUCCCGUCGCAGAACUGGAGCAGCACAUGCGUAUUGAAUUGCUGGAUCCUCGCUGGAAAGAACAGCGUGCCAAGGCGGAGUCCCGAAGCGCAACAACCAACCUUUCAACCGCGGACGUGGUCAACAAUCUCAAACGUCUCGCCAGUCAGCGAAGCGACGUCUUCGACUCUACUGUCCUCCCUAAUGCAGUGGAUCCCGAGGACGAAGCUCGAAAGAAACGAAUGGCCUACGAAGCAACCCCUGGAGCUGGACCCACGCCGCCAAUGGUCGGCCCUUCAGGCGGUCCACCCAAUCCUCAGAGCAUGACUAUUGAGGAACAAAUCAGGCAUAUUCGGGAACGUGCUAAGCAAUGA